AUGUUUCUAGCCAUAUAUGAUGGAAAAACUCUACAAAUAGCUUCAAGUUUCUUACUCUCUCUCACACUCACACAGUCUCACACAGUUAUACUUAAGCAAACAAGGCCUUUGUCCCCUUUCUUUAUUGUUUUGAUGGAAUCCCCACAAUCCUCCAUUAAAGCUCUGGUUAAAGAGAUCAAGGAAGAGAUGUUCUCUAACCUUGAUCUCUACUCAAUUUUUUCUCCGUCUGCUUAUGAUACUGCAUGUUUAGCCAUGAUUCCCGACCCCGGACAAGACGAUCGUCCGAUGUUCAAAAAUUGCUUGAACUGGAUACUCGAUAACCAGAAAGAAGAAGGGUUCUGGGGAGAGUCUAAUCUUGAUGGUGUUCCCUCCAUUGAAACUCUCCCUACAACUCUGGCUUGUAUGGUUACACUUAAAACAUGGAGUGUUGGUGAAGAAAAUAUAGAAAAAGGCUUGGCAUUUCUCCAUGCAAACACAGGGAUGCUUGUAGAAGUAAAUAAGCAUCAUUUUCCACACUGGAUUACCAUUGUUUUCCCUGCUAUGGUUGAACUUGCACAAGCCACUGGUCUAGAGCUUCUCUUUCCUGACGAAUUAAAAGGGUUAGUUUCCAACAUUUUGUUGGAGAAGCAUCAAUUUCUUAAGAUGUAA